UCUGUGAUAAAAUAAUAUUUGGAACGUGUUUAACCAGUUCUAUCACAUAUGUGAUAAUGACUGGCACCAAUAUUGUCCUUUAAGAUGAACUGUCGAAUCGCGAGAAAAGAGCAUGUGGGGCACAGUAAAGCAUAAAAUAACUUAGAAGACAAAAUAGCGCAGCGCCCUCGAUCGACAGAGAAACUGUAAUAUGUUAUCAAAGUGUUAAUCUGUAUGUUAUAAUAAUUGUAUGAGGUUAAAUUAACGCUUGAUUUAAUAUACUACUGUUUAUAUCGAUAUCGUUGCCAAAUAGGUUUAUGGAUAAAGGGAGUAAUAGACGGAUAUACAAGUAUUUGAAAUUCAUCCGUCACAAGUAAAGCCUGUGUAUCUUGAACUCUUAAUUUUAAGAUAUAUAUGUAUAUAAGCUUGUUUGUAUAGCAAAUAUAUUUUUAUUUUCUUCGCUCAACCGAUCACAAAGUAUAUGAACAAGCACACCCAUUGAAACUCUGUCACCGUAACCGUGCAGGCGUUGUAAAUGGGAGCUUUUGUUUGGAUUCGCUCAUUAUAAGUGAGGUAUAGGAUCUUACAUUGAACCACACUGAGACGUUAAUCCAGACUUUUGUAUGGAGGCUACCUAUCGCCAGUGUUUACAACAAAGAUACUUUAUUGUCAUAUCAUAACAAGUAAAAUAUAUGUAGCAGAACUGUGAUGUGAAAUUCAUUAACAGAAAACUGAAUAUUGUGCGGAGAUUUUUUUUUAUAGGUUUAAAUAACUAUAAUAGAUUAUUGGAAAUGAGUAGCAGAGUUAGAACAAAUUCUCAAGGAAAACGAUCAUUAAAUGGAUGGAACAGUGCUCGUGGCGAUAGCUCUACCGUCCAAUGGAGUUCACAAUCAUAUUCUUUAAAAGACAUCCCACAGCAGUUCAAUCUACCACAAGUAGUACGUUGUAAUCCACAGAUUUUAUUAACGAAACGUCAACAACCAUUGCCAGUAAAUCUAGGUCAACCUAUUUUGUUCUACGAAACCCGUACGAUCAGAAAACUACUUGCAAGAAAUGUUCUGUUUGACACCAGGGUAGAAAGAUUUGGAGAAACAGAUGAAACUGUAGUCAUACCAGAGGAUUACGAAGGAAACUUUUUAAGGUUAAAAAGUAGAACAGCUAGAGACAAAGAUGUUCACAGAAGUAUCGAGUCGUUAGUAUCCAACGAGGUUCCCGCAUUCAUCAAUCUCUCUCGAAUCUCUGCAUUCCAAAUUGGUAAAGAUCAGGGCAACAACCAAUACCCACGUCUACAUUAUUCAGCUGGGAACGUGUUUAUCAUCGACCGAAUAUUCAAAGGAUCCACCACACGAGCAGAUGCAAGUGCGAUUGAAGAAGCGAGACCAUCUAGGCAAGAACUACAUUAUCUGAAAUGUCGUGAUGAACGAGACAUUGAUGUUUUAAUUCCAAUGGGUCACCCUGGGGAAUUUAUGGAAGUUUUGCCCAAUCCUAAUGGAAAAAUCAAAUUAUCUAUGCAAAGCUCUGAUAUCAUAACCACACAGAAAUUCCCCACGUUGAUACGUUAUGUGUAUGGCGGAACAAGACCCCGACUAACAUCUUACUCUGGCCUCUUUACAGCUCUCGAUUCGUUCGAUGAAACAAGUUUAGUUGGCUGUGUUCUUAGUUCUUCCGGCUUUACAUUAAUAGAAAUGCCUAUUUCCUCACCAUUGACCUUUCAGAUAGCGUUAAACACCAAUAAUGUUUUCAAUGCUUCUGUUAUAAAACAGGCUGUAAAGAUAUGUCACCAAAAGUGCGCAUACUUUGCUGCAGAUAUGAAGUUCAAAUUUAAAUUUGCCCUUAGAAUUAUGGAAAACAGCCCAGAAAGCCUUUGUUUCAACGAUGAAGAUGACCCCCCUAGUGUAACUAAUAGUGCUAGAUUUGGCAUUUCUCAUACAUAUAUUUAUUUAUAAGAUUUGCUACUAAUUUUCUCUAACGCUAACUAUUAAUAAUUUAUGGCUAUGAACAUACCCCCACUACAUCUAUUCACGUGACCUGUAAACCAUUUAUACAUUAUAAAUAUAUUAUUCUAUAAAAAAAAUGUAUGUCAUAUAAUAUAGUGUAUACCACUUUCAGGGCUGGAUUAAUCAUUAAGCAAACUAAUCACAUGCUUAGGGCAUCAUGGGACGGGGGGGGGGGGUGGAGGGACCACAGAAUUCUGCUUUGUUAGAUGACAAAUUUAAAAUUUUUAAUUUAAAAAUUAAUUAAGAACUUUUAAUUAGUUUUUCAUUGUUUUUUGUCUUUUCUUACUGUCACCUGCUUUAUCUCAAUUAAUAAUGACGUGUAUAAACCUCAUUUUAACAAAUGCAAAUUUAUUUUGGUUUUUAAUGGUUUAUAUAUGGGGGCACCGAAAUCUUUCAAGUGCCUAGGGCCGCUAUGGGUCUUAAUCCGACCUUAUCUAUAAAUCCUGUCAGUGAUUAUGUGCUUGUAUCAAAGCUUAAGCCAUGCAAGUCUCAGUUCAUGCUGUUCCUUUCGGGAAGCGAGCCGUAGUCGGAAACCGCUGAGCUGGUAGUCGAGGCUCGCUGAUUUAACAAUCGGACGAGACAGUCUGUACAGUCGUGUAAGCGUUCACCGGAAUGUUUCGGGUCUGCAGGGGGAGCCGAGAAAUGAAACCCCGCACCACCGAGCUCCGCCAGCUGUGACCAGCGCCGAGUUUCUCCGGGCCGGCCUUGCUACACCGUCUCCAUAGUUAGUGGAUGGGAGAUCUAGCUAAACAAUGCCCCGUCUUCGCCGGUAAGAAAGAGCACCCCGCGACAGAACAGAGCGGCGACAGUCUUGGGGGAUAUCCUUCCCCCAUAGCGAGGGUUUUCUUGUGUAUUUUAAGAUAUGGUCCCAUGCAUUAAAACUGAUAAAGAUACCACCAAGUCUUGUGCAUUAUACGAUAACUCAUUCAUUAACAGGAGCAUCGCUAACGC